GUAUAACGUCAUUUCUCGGCAAAUCGCAAUGGAUCGUGUAGAGUGAGUGCGUCAGUGCGACUUUACGAAUAUUGUGAAUAUAGUGUAGUUGCUCUCGCCCAUGGUUGCUAAAAGACGAAUUCAUAGUUUGUUUACAAUUUCGUGAGCACUGAGUAAUUACUACAACAACAGCAACAAAAGCAAGAAAAAGCAGGCGCAUCGCCAGCAACAACAACAUUACUGUAAUUUUUUAGUGAUGUCAUCAGAAGUUUCGUUUCGUGGUCGUUGUCGUCGUAGUUGUCGACGUAGUUUGAAAAUUUCUGUUGCCAAUAUUUUCCAAGCGAAAUUUAUUUGCUCUAUCUAAUGUUCUCUAGGAUACAAUAUCAUCAUCACCACUGUCUUAUUAGCUUGCUUAAAUACCUGCUCGUAUACCAUAGAACAUUGGGAACAUCCAAAUCAAAGAAAUUAAAACCACACCAAAGGACGAUAUUAGUCAGCCGCAACCAUUAAUAGUUUUGCUUUUCGUAGUAGCGUCAAUACUACAAUUUCGCAUCUUUUUGGGUUGCCCUCAUAACAAAAAAAAAUUGUCAAGCUGAAGCAGUUGUCGCAAGACGUGACGGUGCUGUUGAAAAUUAAAAAAAUGAACAGCAUCGGUGAGGAGAACGGCAACUCGAGCAACAUUGAGGAAGGUCACAAUUUGACGACUAGCUCAACGCAACACCAAAGCAACAACUCCUCGAAUUCAACCGCCGGCAAUAGUGUAGCAACAUCGUCAACAGCGAAUGUGGCCACAGUGUUGACCACAACUGCGAAUGCACAAUAUCCAUUAGCGCCAGUGCACAAUCUACAGCAAAUGCAGUCUGUAAUUCAGGCAGCCAAUCAGUCGUCAGUCAUUCAAACAGCCGCCACAAAUGCGAUGCCUGUGGUAUCGCCGGCGGCGACAGGGCCCAAGGGUGUACUAUAUGUGAAUAAACCGCCAAGUACAACGGUCAUACACACAACAUCAGGCAGUGGUGUACAACUCCCUCCAAAUUUUCAAUGUAAGAUCAAACCCGAACCAAUUACACAACACCUCGAUACCAAUAGUGAGGACAGUCUCACAGAUGACGAUUCACCGCAGCGACGAAUAGAGCUCACACGAAGACCAUCGUAUCAUAAAAUUUUCACCGAAAUUAGUGGACCUGAUAUAACAGGUGGAGCGACUUUGCAAAUGUCAGAUACUGGUGGAUUACCUACGUUACCGGGCACGGUGGGCAGUACAAGUGGCACACUAAUACAAUUGCCGCCGGACAACGCGCCAACAUUUUACAUACCUCAUAGGAUUCCAUAUAAUACUAAUAAUAGUGGCAUAGCUGAAGAUCAAACGCGAAAGCGAGAGAUACGUUUACAGAAAAAUCGUGAGGCAGCGCGCGAGUGUCGGCGUAAAAAGAAGGAAUACAUAAAGUGCCUGGAAAAUCGUGUGGCGGUGCUUGAGAACCAAAAUAAAGCGCUCAUUGAAGAAUUGAAGUCACUCAAAGAGCUCUAUUGUCAAACGAAGAUCGAUUGAGAAAGGCAGGAGGACGACGAGGACGACCAUGCGGUUGAGGCGAAGGUGGCGGCUUCGGCUGAUUAUGAAGACAACGACGACGGCAAUGUCGACAAAA